UUUUGAUUCUGAGACGAGACCUUCAAAAAGUCGAGACCAAGACCGACCUCGAGUACUACAACACAAGUUUUUAGAGCAUAGUUUGGAUCUUAACUGGUUUCCAGAGUGUCUUUAUUGGAAAGUGCAGAAGUUUGCAUUACGCUUCUUCUUCUUGUGUUUUGAUUUGCUGAGAACAGAAACGAUUCCUUUCCUCCUCCGUCUUCCAGUGACGGUAUAAAUACAGAGCGGAGCUUUAAAGCACAACUUCUUCUUCUUCUUCUUCUGUCAGCAGGUGAGUUUAACCUCUGAUUUACUGUCCAUGCUUACACAUCAAGUACCCUUAAAUGUCACCUAAAGAGGAUUUGAAAACAGUCAAUAAAUCAGACAUAACUACAACUUAAAUCCAGACUUAUCAUAAUACUUCUUUAUUUAAUUCUUUAUUACACCAUUGGUUGUUUGUGUAAACUCUUUCUCAUGUUUCCUACCUGUACAAAUUCAGACUUCUUGUCACCCCACACAGUCUGCCUGUCAUCCUUUUUCUUAAAGGUUGCCAAAAACCCAUAUUUCCUGUGGAAUAGAAAAGGCGCUCCCUCGAAGAACGACGAGUAGAAAAGACAGCGGCAAGCGGGAGGUUCUGCACAGAGGAGACACGAGAUGCCAGAGACGUCCGGUGAGCGUUUGAGAUGUGGACCAAAUCAAAGCCCUCCUAAGACACCUCCUCGACCACGGGGCGGGGAACUGACUCCGCCUACCUCAGGAAGUCAGAGCUGCGGCAUCAUGGAGGGCAUCCGGCUGAAGCAGCAGAGACCGUCAGUCCUGUGUCAUCUUUCCCAAACGGCUUCCAGACGACAACACAUUCCUUCAGGAAACAUUGCGGCGGUCUCUGUUUGCAAAGAAGAGGCGGAUACAGGACAUCGCUCCCGCUCCUCCUCCUCUCAUGUGGGCUCCUCUCCCGCGCAGGGUCAUCACUUCUUCUCGUGGAAGAGAGAGGGCGCUACAGAGGGCGCUACACAGGGCGCCAAGCAGAGCGCCACUGAGACCAGGCUUCAAGACGGCAUCUCUGAAGCGACCAGCGCUCUGUUUGUGAGUGGAUUCUGCCGCUGGCCCGGCUGUGACGCUGUUACAGAAGAUUUUCAUGGUUUCCUGAAGCAUCUCAGCUCUGAACACGGUCCCAGUGACAGAAGCAUCGCUCAGUGGAAAGUCCAGCGGGAUAUGGUUCAGGGCAUGGAGAGUCAGCUCUUCCUGGAAAAACAGAAACUGAUCGCGAUGCAGCUCCACCUGCACCUCUCUGAAAACAAAUACAAUGAUCAGAAUGUGUCUUCUGAUUGGCCGUACAGCCUUCCUCUGUACCUGCCCCGGCCUCUGGUGACGGAUGGAGACGCAGUGCAGCAAUGGGCCAUUAAACACCUGGAGGAGUUGUCCCAGCACGGAAACAGAGCUGCUGCGUCUGCACACUUUCUGCCCGAUUUGGUCCCCAGGAUCGAAUGUUACAAACACAACAACAUCCGGCCUCCGUACACCUAUGCCUACUUGAUACGAUGGUCCAUCCACGAGUCUCCGGACAAACAGCGCACUCUGAAUGAGAUCUACAACUGGUUCACCACCAUGUUCUUCUACUUCAGAUACAACACUGCAACCUGGAAGAAUGCAGUGCGUCACAACCUCAGCCUGCACAAGUGUUUUGUGCGAGUGGAGGGAGGGAAGGGAGCUGUGUGGACGGUGGAUGAAACGGAGUACCAGAGGAGGAAAGGACAGAAGUAUCACAGGGACUGUCCUGUGAAGUGGUUCAAGUCCUACUCUCAUUACUGUCCAGACGACGCAUGAAGACCAGCAGAUGGCAGAACUGAGCUCCAUCAAUCCGGCAGCAGGAGACACCAGGAAGUGCUUCAUAGCAGCGUCUCAACCUUUUCUCUCUUCAGAGCCCACGAGAGAUUGAUAAAAAAACACAACAUGCCAAAACAGCUUAGAAAAUUAAACUGAACUCUAUGCAUUGUGGAUAAGGCACCUCGAGCAGUAUAUUGAUAUUCAGCUUACAGUGAGACACUUUGGUUUUCAAGUUACCCUGAACUUCCACCAGAUACGCGUGCAUUGCAUGUCAGCUCCACUCGCCCUCGUCCAUCAUCAGCAACAGGCGGCGUUCUCAGAGCGCAGUGCCGUGGGACAGCUGGGGCGCCGAGACAAAGUAGUUCCCACAACAGGGGAACCCUAAUAAAACCCUAAUUAACACAACAACAAACACACAUACAGUCAUUGUUCUGAACCGUCAUAAUGGAGUAUUUUAUUCUGAAAAUAAACCAGAUGUUUUUAAUGUUGUUUUUGAUGUCUGACUUCCUGUCAAGCUCAGGCGGCUCUGCUAUAUAUUGAUCCACGACAUCCGGCAAAAAUAGAAGUCUUGCAUAUCUGCUGCAGAGGACUCCGGACUGAUGGAGCACACAAAGUUAUCACUCCUAACCACAUGGAGCCAUAACUGAAGCCUGUGUGUCGCUGCAUAUCAGGAGGUGUGAACAGCACAUAAAGGCCGUGUCAGCCGUUAGUUUGAUCGCUAUACUGUUUGAAACCUGAAGUUUAGCAUUUUCUCUGUUGCCAUCUUGUUUUUUUUGUUGUCACAAGUGACCAUAUAUUGGGCUUCAGAGGAGAGAGAGUUAGGCUGGCUACACACUAGACGAUCGUAAGGCUCCGUUUUGGUGUGUGUGUCUCUUUAAAUGCAAUGAGCCCCCCUCCCCCCACCCGAGUUUUCCAGGUAGACAUCACUCCUGUCACUACUGUAGAAGUGGAUUUAUCAGAAUAUGUCCCCUUUAAGUCGCAGUGUUUGUUUUCAUAAAAUAAACAGAUUUGUCUGUG